AAAGAUUGUAUAGCGCCGCGCGGCGCUAUACAAUCUUUGCUUCCGGCUGCAUGGUCUAUGUAUUUUGUUUACCAACAAACGCAGCAAGGGCGAACAACUAAACAAGGACAGUGAAACUGUGAUCAAUAACCAUCAUGAGUUAUCCACCUCCUUAUGAGGAGUUUCACCGGGAGCAACAAACAGACACACAGCAGCAGCAGCAACAAACCACGGUGAUGAUUCAGCCCAACCCAUCAGCUUCUCAUCAGUCCAGCACACGAGGCAGCUGGAAAGGUCUACAAAUCACUGGGUACUUGCAUGUAGUUCUGGGAAUCGUCUCUGUCUUAUUUGGAAUCCUUGCCUCAGUCUAUAAGGUGUUCUUGUACGCCAUUGGAAUUCCAAUUUGGACAGGAAUUAUCUUUUACAUAGUAACUGGUGUUUUGGGCAUUGCUGCUGGUGGGAAGCAGCGUCACAGUUUGGUGAUUGGGUACAUGACCAUGUCUAUCAUCACAGCUGUGGCUGGAUGCGCUGUUUGUGUGACUCAUGGAAUAGGUGUUACAAUUGGAGGAUUCCAGGGCUGUCCGGAUUUUGGAGCUUACUACUCGCCAUUUAACUUCGGAUGCUCAUCUACAUCUGGAACACGUGCUGCCAUUAAUGGUCUGAUCUCAGCGCUCGGUGUCACUGAGAUGAUUGUCGCCAUUGUUGGAGCCAGCCUGUGUUGUUGCACCUUCUGCUGUGUUCGUACUCCAAGCCAAGUGGUGACCUACACACCCCCCCAGCAGGGUAUGGCCCACUUUGCUGUCCCUCCUGAGGUGCAUUUGGGCAAUGUGGUAUAUCCUCCCCACCAAGUUGCUAUGUAUCCCACUCAACCUCAGUACCCAGUCCAGGCCAUUGGGCAGGUCAUGUACCCACCAACCACCCCCGGACAAGCACAGGCUCUGCCACAAGAGAAACCUCCUCUCCCUUAAGAUAUCCAAUGCCAGGGAAGAAGCUCUGCAAUCAUUGUGCCUGACUUCCUGAGGAUUUAUCGAGGCAAGGUUGUUGUAUUUCUUGUAACGAUAAUAUGACUUCAGCAGUGAAGAGCUUCAUUUUUGUCAUUUUUGUUCAUACUACAAACCUAAACUACACUGGACAGCAAAACUAACUUGCCACUUCUGUC